CGUCACUGCGGAUACUGUGAUGUCAUCCUACCAAGCGCUGACAAGAUAAGGCUCGUUCCUUAGUAAGUACCUUAGACAAGCGUGCAGGUUAUUAUUAGUUGGAAUAUAUUUUCCGUGCGUGUCGGAUGUGUUAGUUAACAUUUUUUUCUGUGUAAUUUAUCACGUGGUGAAUUACUAAAAUUAAUAUGGCAAAAAGACAGAGAUCUGACAGUUUCUCAUCAGAAAGCAAUACGCUUUUCGCAGAUUCCGAAAUUGUUAUGAGGGACUCUGAUGAUGAGUUGUUUGUAGACGCUGAUGACUGGUCAUCUAGAACGCUAUUUAAAGAUGACGAUAUUACUCUAAGUGAUAGCGAUGAUUAUUUGUUCAGGGGUAAUCUUACGCAAAGUUUCUUGGAUGCCUCGCAAGAAAUUCAACGAAUUGAUACUUUUGACGAUGUUGAACAACAUGGGUCUGGGUUACAAGUAAAUAUUUUUUUAACUAGAUUUAAAUGCUUAUUCUUGUAUACAUUUAUUUAUUAUGUAUUUUUUUAGAAUAAUCAAUCACGA